AUGCGUCGACGUCAGAACUCCGUUGCCUCUACAGCAGUUGCAGGCCAGGUGUUGACUGCCGAUGAGCAUACCACCGAGGCAGCCGGUACCGGAGAGUUCGGCGCGCUGCUCGCCGUAACCUCCGAAACUGAGGCAGCGUCCUCCGCUGCCGCACGGCACGUGAAGCGGGGCGGCACUGCGCACGAUACGGAGACCGAGCAAGAGCUCGAAACGCCUCGCUCAUUUUCGUUCGGUUCGCAUGGACGUUUCACGCCGCUGUGGCAUCGUCCCAGCAAAGGCAAAUAUGAGCUGCAGCCAUCGCUCAUACAAGAGGUGACGACACAUCUGGAGAACUCUCGUCUCCCGGAGAAAGAUUUUUGGGACGAUAAUGAAGUGACGACAGCUGUUCUGUGGGGAUUCACCAACCUCCUCUUUCUCAUUAUCGCGGUACUGGCGCUGCGUCCACUGCUGCUGAACUAUAUCCGCGGGAAGCCGCCCUUGGAUCUCGAGUUCUUGAUGUGGUCACUGGACGGCGCAGUGAGCACGUUGCUACUCUAUGCCGCAAUGGUCGUGGGCUCCUUUUCGGUGUUUGUCCUGCACUGGCUCGCCGCCAACGGUUGGAUAUCGGUUCCGCUUCGAGAGUUGCUCUAUCGUUUCGCCUGUGGCAUCCAUCUUUUGGUGCCCUAUAAGGUCUUCUUUCAGCGCUCGCUUUCACCGGUACCCGCCUUUUUCAUUGGACUUCAGAGCCUUUCGCUGCUCCUGAAAAACCAUUCCUACUAUUUUGGUAUUCGCGCUGUCCAACUAGAACGCCAGUCCCUGUGCCCCGAACUCGUCAGCCUGCGACGUUUCCUGUACUUUUUGGUUAUCCCCACGCUGGUCUACCGCAUUGAGGGUUACCCGCAUUCACCCCGCAUUCGGGUCGACUUUUUGGUGCGGCGCACGCUCCAGGCACUGGGCUGCAUGUUCCUCAUCUACGAGCUCGUCGUCUAUUCCAUGCUGCCGGUGUUUAAACAGGUCAACGAGCUAUCGAACGUGGAGUUCAUCGUGGAGCUCAUGAUACCGGCUGUGCUGCUCUGGACAAUGCUUUUCACGGUGACCUUCGAGGUGAUCCUGAACGUGUUUGCCGAAGUGACGUACUUCGGUGAUCGGCGCUUUUACGAGGACUGGUGGAACAGCACCAAUCUGAGCGAGUUUUCCCGCAAAUGGAAUCGACCAGUUCACGACUGGCUCUACCUGCACGUGUACCGCUGUUUGGUGAAGCAGCGCUAUCCCAAGGCCAUCGCGCAGAUGUUCGUGUUCCUGUUCAGCGCCAUUUUUCAUGAAAUGUUGCUGAGCAUAACUUUUCUGCGAGUGCGGGUCUGGAUGUUCACGCUCAUGAUGUUACAGAUUCCGCUCAUAUACAUGGCGAAGCUCAUACCGGCGAAAACGUCGAACAAGCCGCUCAUGCGGCGUGGAGCGAACCUCUUCUUCUGGUUCGGAAUGUUCUUUGGACCCGCAUUGCUUUUUUUGCUGUAUUCCAAAGACUACUAUCAGGGUCAUUAA